UGUGUCCUUCCUGCUGUAGGACCAGUGGACGCCCCAGAGGUCCUGCUCUUAUUGCAUGGGACACCUUCCUGGUCCUUCCUCUAUCGCACUAUGAUUCCUGUCUUCCUUGCCGCCGGGCACCGCAUCGUCGCCCUCGACCACGUAGGCUUUGGACGCUCCGAUAAGCUAACUGACCCGGACGCGUACUCGCAUGACCUUCACGUAUCGACGGUGGAGCUGGUGGUGCGAUCCCUCGAUCUGCAGGGAGUGACGGUGGUGAUGCAGGACUUGGGUGGCCCAACUGGAGUGAGUGCUGUACUUCGAGACCCAGGGCGGUACCGUCGCUUAGUGUUGCUCAACACUUGGCUUCCUCAAGGUGAUAUUCUGUCUUCGGUCAGCUCGGUGUGGGAGCACCGGGCCUACCUCUCCUGGCGCUUCCUCGUCCAGGCCAUAGGUCGUCACAUCUCCGUGGAGACCGUCUUCAAGGCAGUAUCUGAUGCCCCCGACGACGCUAUCCAGUGGGGCUACGGGGCCCCCUUUCCUUCUGAGCUGUACAAAGCGGGGCCCUCCUGGUGGCCACUCAUGAUCCCCCUGCGGGAGAACGAUGUUGUGGCCCGCGAGAUGCAAAAGGCUGCUGGGUUCUUGGAGCACUGGCAAGGCCCCGUGUUACUGGGGUACAGCGACGGGGAGACUUUCACGCUGCCGGGACGUCCUCUGCUGCAGCGAGUCCUUCCUAGGGCCUGCCAUGUUAAGAUCUUAGACGCCGGCCACUUCCUGCAAGAGGACCAAGGACCGGUCGUUGCCAGCCUCAUUGUAUCCUUCAUAGAACGAGGAUGUUGAUCCUGCAAAGUGACUCUCUCGACCCUCUGGGCAUAAUAAUGUAAACUAUAUUGACGUCUAGUCUUGGCAUCUCAGAUUAUUAAA